GAGGCGGAAGGACACACGAGGCCGCUUCGCUGCACAGCCGAGAAAGUUGCAGCCAAACUUCGGGCGGCGGCCGAGGCGGCGGCCCGGGAACGGUCGACUCGGGGUUCAGGGAGUGGAGGCACUGAGCCUGAGUUUCGGGGCGCAGCGCGGGGCUGUGAGCCGCGGAAGCAGGAAGAGGGAGGAGAAAGUGGGGGCUCCUCUGUCGGGGACCCCCUCCCCAUGUGGAUCUGCCCCGGCGGCGGCGGCGGCGGCGGAGGAGACCGAGAAGAUGCCCGCCCUGCGCCCGGCUCCGCUGUGGGUGCUGCUGGCGCUCUGGCUGUGCCGCGCGGCCCUCGCGCGUGCGUUGCAGUGUCGGGAUCGCCACGAGCCCUGUGUCAAUGAAGGAGUAUGUGUUACCUACCACAAUGGCACAGGAUAUUGCAAAUGUCCAGAGGGCUUCUUGGGAGAAUAUUGUCAAGAUCGAGACCCCUGUGGGAAGAACCGCUGCCAGAAUGGUGGGACGUGUGUGGCCCAGGCCAUGCUGGGAAAAGCCACGUGCCAGUGUGCCCCGGGCUUCGCGGGCGAGGACUGCCAGCACUCAACCACUCACCCCUGCUAUGCAUCUCUCUCUUGUCUGAAUGGAGGCACCUGCCACGUGCUCAGCCAGAGUGACUACGAGUGCGCCUGCCAAGUUGGUUUUACAGGUAAGACGUGCCAGUGGACUGACGCCUGCCUGUCUCAGCCCUGUGCAAACGGAAGCACCUGCACCACCGUGGCCAACCAGUUCUCCUGCAAAUGCCCGGCAGGCUUCACUGGGCAGAAAUGUGAGACCGAUAUCAACGAAUGUGACAUUCCAGGGCAGUGCCAGCAUGGUGGCACCUGCCUCAACCUACCCGGUUCCUAUCAGUGCCAGUGCCCCCAGGGCUUCACAGGCCAGCACUGUGACAGCGCCUACGUGCCCUGCGCCCCCUCGCCCUGCGUCAAUGGAGGCACCUGCCGGCAGACCAGCGACUUCACUUUUGAGUGCAACUGCCUUCCAGGUUUUGAAGGUAGCACCUGUGAGCGGAAUAUUGACGACUGCCCUAACCACAGGUGUCAGAAUGGAGGGGUUUGUGUGGACGGCGUCAACACCUACAAUUGCCGCUGCCCCCCUCAGUGGACAGGACAGUUCUGCACGGAGGAUGUAGACGAGUGCCUGCUGCAGCCCAACGCCUGUCAGAAUGGAGGCACCUGCACCAACCGCAACGGGGGCUACGGCUGCGUGUGUGUCAACGGCUGGAGCGGAGACGACUGCAGCGAGAACAUCGACGACUGCGCCUUCGCCUCCUGCACGCCGGGCUCCACCUGCAUUGACCGGGUGGCUUCCUUCUCCUGCAUGUGCCCAGAAGGAAAGACAGGUCUCUUGUGUCAUCUGGAUGAUGCAUGCAUCAGCAAUCCGUGCCACAAGGGGGCGCUGUGUGACACCAACCCCCUGAACGGCCAGUAUAUUUGCACCUGCCCACAAGGCUACAAAGGGGCCGACUGCACAGAAGACGUGGAUGAGUGCACCAUGGCCAAUAGCAAUCCCUGCGAGCAUGCAGGAAAAUGUGUGAACACGGACGGUGCCUUCCACUGUGAGUGUCUGAAGGGCUAUGCAGGGCCUCGCUGCGAGAUGGACAUCAACGAGUGCCACUCGGACCCCUGCCAGAACGACGCCACCUGUCUGGAUAAGAUUGGAGGGUUCACUUGUCUGUGCAUGCCAGGUUUCAAAGGUGUGCAUUGUGAGCUGGAGAUAAACGAAUGUCAGAGCAACCCUUGUGUGAACAAUGGGCAGUGUGUGGACAAAGUCAACCGCUUCCAGUGCGUGUGUCAGCCUGGUUUCACUGGGCCGGUUUGCCAGAUUGACAUUGAUGACUGUUCCAGUACUCCCUGUCUGAAUGGGGCCAAGUGUAUCGAUCACCCGAAUGGCUACGAAUGCCAGUGCGCCACAGGGUUCACUGGCGUGUUGUGUGAAGAGAACAUCGACAACUGUGACCCGGAUCCCUGCCACCACGGCCAGUGCCAGGACGGGAUCGACUCCUACACCUGCAUCUGCAACCCAGGCUACAUGGGCGCCAUCUGCAGCGACCAGAUCGAUGAGUGUUACAGCAGCCCCUGCCUGAACGAGGGCCGCUGCAUCGACCUGGUGAACGGCUACCAGUGCAACUGCCAGCCGGGCACGUCGGGUGUUAAUUGUGAAAUCAAUUUUGAUGACUGUGCAAGUAACCCGUGUGUCCACGGAGUCUGUAUGGAUGGAGUUAACCGCUACAGCUGUGUCUGCUCCCCAGGGUUCACAGGGCCCAGGUGCAACGUUGACAUUGACGAGUGUGCCUCCAACCCCUGCCGCAAGGGCGCCACGUGCGUCAACGACGUGAACGGCUUCCGCUGCCUGUGCCCCGAGGGGCCCCACCACCCCAGCUGCUUCUCGCGGGCCAACGAGUGUCUGAGCAGCCCCUGCGUGCACGGGAACUGCACCGGCGGCCUGGGCGGGUACAAGUGCCUCUGUGAUGCAGGCUGGGUUGGCGUCAACUGUGAAGUGGACAGAAACGAAUGCCUUUCUAAUCCAUGCCAGAAUGGAGGGACUUGUGACAACCUGGUGAAUGGAUACCGGUGUACUUGCAAGAAGGGCUUUAAAGGCUAUAACUGUCAGGUGAAUAUCAACGAGUGUGCCUCGAAUCCGUGCCUGAACCAGGGGACCUGCUUUGAUGACAUAAGUGGCUACACUUGCCGCUGUGUGCUGCCGUAUACGGGCAAGAACUGUCAGACUGUACUGGCUCCCUGUUCCCCAAACCCUUGUGAGAACGCUGCUGUUUGCAAAGAGGCACCCAAUUUCGAGAGUUACACCUGCCUGUGUGCUCCUGGCUGGCAAGGUCAGCGAUGUACAGUUGACAUUGACGAGUGUGUCUCCAAGCCCUGCAUGAACCAUGGUCUCUGCCACAACACCCAGGGCAGCUACAUGUGCGAGUGCCCUCCAGGCUUCAGUGGUAUGGACUGCGAGGAGGACAUUGAUGACUGCCUGGCCAAUCCCUGCCAGAACGGAGGCUCCUGCGUGGAUGGCGUGAAUACUUUCUCCUGCCUGUGCCUUCCGGGCUUCACCGGCGAUAAGUGUCAGAUGGACAUGAAUGAGUGUCUGAGCGAGCCCUGUAAGAAUGGAGGGACCUGCUCCGACUACGUCAACAGCUACACCUGCAAGUGCCCGGCGGGAUUUGAAGGAGUCCACUGCGAGAACAACAUCGACGAGUGCACCGAGAGCUCCUGUUUCAACGGCGGCACGUGCGUCGAUGGGACUAACUCCUUCUCUUGCUUGUGUCCUGUGGGCUUCACUGGCCCGUUCUGCCUCCAUGAGAUCAACGAAUGUAACUCUCACCCGUGCCUGAAUGAAGGAACAUGUGUUGACGGCCUGGGUACCUACCGCUGCACCUGCCCCUUGGGCUACACUGGGAAAAACUGUCAGACCCUGGUCAACCUCUGCAGUCGGUCUCCUUGUAAAAACAAAGGCACCUGCGUUCAGGAAAAAGCCGAGUCCUGGUGCCUGUGUCCGUCUGGGUGGGCAGGUGCCUACUGUGACGUGCCCAAUGUGUCCUGUGAGGUGGCAGCCACCCGAAGAGGGUUGCCCGUUGACCGCCUGUGCCAGCACUCGGGUGUCUGCAUCAACGCUGGCAACUCACAUCACUGCCAGUGCCCCCUGGGCUACACCGGGAGCUACUGCGAGGAGCAGCUCGACGAGUGCUCGUCCAACCCCUGCCAGCACGGGGCCACCUGCAGUGACUUCAUCGGUGGAUACAGGUGUGAGUGUGUCCCAGGAUACCAGGGUGUCAACUGUGAGUACGAAGUGGAUGAGUGCCAGAACCAGCCGUGCCAGAACGGAGGCACCUGCAUUGACCUGGUGAACCACUUCAAGUGCUCCUGCCCACCGGGCACCCGGGGCCUGCUCUGUGAAGAGAACAUUGACGACUGUGCCAGGGGACCCCACUGCCUCAAUGGUGGUCAGUGUGUGGAUAAGAUCGGCGGCUACAGCUGUCGCUGCCUGCCGGGCUUUGCGGGAGAGCGGUGCGAGGGGGACAUCAACGAGUGCCUGUCCAGCCCCUGCAGCCCGGAGGGCAGCCUGGACUGCAUACAGCUCACCAACGACUACCAGUGCGUGUGCCGCAGCGCCUUCACCGGUCGUCACUGUGAAACUUUCGUCGAUGUGUGUCCCCAGAUGCCUUGCUUAAAUGGAGGGACUUGUGCUGUGGCCAGCAACAUGCCGGAUGGCUUCAUUUGUCGUUGUCCCCCGGGUUUCUCUGGGGCGAGAUGCCAGAGCAGCUGCGGACAAGUGAAAUGUAGGCGAGGGGAGCAGUGUGUCCACACGGCCUCGGGACCCCGCUGCUUCUGCCCCAACCCCCAGGACUGCGAAUUGGGCUGUGCCAGCAGCCCCUGCCAGCACGGGGGAAGCUGCUUCCCGCAGCGCCAGCCCCCGUAUUACUCCUGCCAGUGCUUGCCGCCGUUCUGGGGCAGCCACUGCGAACUCCACGUAGCCCCCACCAGCACCCCUCCUGCCACCUGUCACAGCCAGUACUGUGCCGACAAAGCUCGGGAUGGCAUCUGCGAUGAGGCCUGCAACAGCCACGCCUGCCAGUGGGACGGGGGUGACUGUUCCCUCACCAUGGAGAACCCCUGGGCCAACUGUUCCUCCCCACUUCCCUGCUGGGAUUACAUCAACAACCAGUGCGACGAGCUGUGCAACACGGCCGAGUGCCUGUUCGACAACUUCGAGUGCCAGGGGAACAGCAAGACGUGCAAGUAUGACAAGUACUGCGCAGACCACUUCAGAGAUGACCACUGUGACCAGGGCUGCAACAGCGAGGAGUGCGGCUGGGACGGGCUGGACUGUGCUGCCGACCAGCCAGAGAACCUGGCGGAGGGCACCCUGGUGAUUGUGGUGCUGAUGCCCCCUGAACAGCUGCUUCAGGACGCACGCAGCUUCCUGCGGGCGCUGGGCACCCUGCUGCACACCAACCUGCGCAUCAAGCGGGACUCUCAGGGGGCCCUCAUGGUCUACCCCUACUACGGCGAGAAGUCAGCUGCCAUGCGGAAGCAGAGGAUGGCACGCAGGUCCCUUCCUGACGAUCAAGAGCAGGAGGUGGCUGGCUCUAAGGCCUUUCUGGAAAUUGACAACCGCCAGUGUGUCCAAGACUCAGACCAGUGCUUCAAGAACACGGACGCAGCCGCGGCUCUCCUGGCUUCUCACGCCAUCCAGGGCACCCUGUCCUACCCCCUGGUCUCUGUCGUCAGUGAGUCCCUGAUUCCCAAGCCCACCCAGCUUCUCUAUCUGCUGGCCAUCGCCGUUGUCAUCAUCCUGCUCCUGCUGCUGCUGGUGGUCAUCAUGGCGAAACGAAAGCGCAAGCACGGCUCCCUCUGGCUGCCCGAAGGUUUCACGCUGCGCCGGGACUCCAGCAACCACAAGCGCCGCGAGCCGGUGGGGCAGGAUGCCGUGGGGCUGAAGAACCUCUCAAUGCAAGUCUCAGAGGCUAACCUGAUAGGUUCUGGAACAAGUGAACACUGGGUCGAUGAUGAGGGGCCCCAGCCCAAGAAAGCCAAGGGCGAAGAUGAAGCUUUACUCUCAGAAGAAGACGACCCCAUCGACCGACGCCCGUGGACACAGCAGCACCUCGAAGCCGCGGACAUCCGAAGGACACCCUCACUGGCUCUCACGCCCCCGCAGGCCGAGCAGGAGGUGGAUGUGCUGGACGUGAACGUCCGGGGCCCAGAUGGGUGCACCCCGCUGAUGCUGGCUUCCCUCCGGGGAGGCAGCUCAGACAUGAGUGACGAAGAUGAAGAUGCAGAGGACUCGUCUGCCAACAUCAUCACAGACUUGGUGUACCAGGGGGCCAGCCUCCAGGCCCAGACAGACCGCACCGGGGAGAUGGCCCUGCACCUCGCAGCGCGCUACUCACGGGCGGACGCUGCCAAGCGCCUCCUGGACGCGGGCGCAGACGCCAAUGCCCAGGACAACAUGGGCCGCUGCCCUCUCCACGCCGCCGUGGCAGCUGACGCCCAAGGCGUUUUCCAGAUUCUAAUCCGCAACCGAGUGACUGAUCUAGAUGCCAGGAUGAAUGAUGGUACCACACCCCUGAUCCUGGCUGCUCGCCUGGCUGUGGAGGGGAUGGUGGCAGAGCUGAUCAACUGCCAAGCAGACGUGAAUGCGGUAGAUGACCAUGGAAAAUCUGCCCUUCACUGGGCAGCUGCUGUCAACAAUGUGGAGGCGACACUUUUGCUGUUGAAGAACGGAGCCAACCGAGACAUGCAGGACAACAAGGAAGAGACGCCUCUGUUUCUUGCUGCCCGGGAGGGGAGCUAUGAAGCAGCCAAGAUCCUGUUAGACCAUUUUGCCAACCGGGACAUCACAGACCACAUGGACCGCCUGCCCCGGGAUGUGGCCCGGGAGCGCAUGCACCAUGACAUCGUGCGCCUGCUGGACGAGUACAAUGUGACCCCCAGCCCCCCGGGCGCCGUGCUCACGUCUGCCCUCUCCCCCGUCAUCUGCGGGCCCAACAGGUCUUUCCUCAGCCUCAAACACACCCCCAUGGGCAAGAAGCCCAGGCGGCCCCAUAGCAAGAGCACCAUGCCCACCAGCCUCCCUAACCUUGCCAAGGAGGCCAAGGAGGCCAAGGGGGGUAGGAGGAAGAAGUCGCUGAGUGACAAGGGCCAGCUGUCCGAGAGCUCAGUGACUCUGUCCCCCGUCGACUCCCUGGAGUCUCCUCACACGUAUGUGUCUGAUACCACGUCCUCCCCAAUGAUCACAUCCCCUGGCCUCUUACAGGCCUCCCCCAACCCCAUGCUGGCCGCGGCCGCGCCCCCCGCCCCAGUGCACGCGCAGCAUGCACUGUCUUUCUCUAACCUGCAUGAGGUGCAGCCUCUGGCUCACGGAGCCAGCACUGUGCUUCCCUCGGUGAGCCAGCUGCUGUCCCACCACCACAUGGUCCCCCCGGGCAGCGGCGGGGCGGGAAGCCUGGGUAGGCUGCAUCCAGUCACUGUCCCCGCAGACUGGAUGAACCGCAUGGAGAUGAAUGAGAGCCAGUACAAUGAGAUGUUUGGUAUGGUACUGGCACCCGCUGAGGGCACCCCUCCUGGCAUAGCUCCUCAGAGCAGGCCGCCGGAAGGGAAGCAUAUGACCGCCCCCCGGGAGCCCUUGCCCCCCAUUGUGACUUUCCAGCUAAUCCCCAAAGGUGGCAUUGCCCAACCAGCCGGGGCAUCCCAGCCUCAGUCCAACUGCCCUCCCCCUGUGGCAGGCCCCCUGCCUUCCAUGUACCAGAUUCCAGAGAUGGCUCGUUUGCCCAGUAUGGCUUUCCCCACUGCCAUGAUGCCCCAGCAGGAUGGGCAGGUGGCUCAGACCAUCCUCCCUACCUAUCAUCCCUUCCCAGCCUCUGUGGGCAAGUACCCCACACCCCCUUCCCAGCACAGCUAUGCUUCCUCGAAUGCUGCCGAGCGAACGCCCAGCCACAGUGGCCACCUGCAGGGCGAGCAUCCCUACCUGACACCGUCCCCGGAGUCUCCUGACCAGUGGUCGAGUUCAUCACCCCACUCUGCUUCUGACUGGUCAGAUGUGACCACCAGCCCCACUCCCGGGGGUGCUGGAGGAGGUCAGCGGGGACCUGGGACACACAUGACCGAGCCGUCACGCAGCAACAUGCAGGUUUACGCGUGAAAGAGUCUGCCUCCGGUGUCGGGACAGAACUGCCUAUUGUAAAUGCUGCUGAGGACAAAUGAAGGUCAUCCGGGAGAGAAAUGAAGAAGUCUCUGGAACCAGCUUCUGGAGGCAGAAGAGAGGAGAUGCUCUUAGCUUUUCCGAUAAUGCAGUGGAAGCAGUUCCAUCAGCUUCAGCGAGUGUUUGCAGGGCUCUGGGCGGGUGACAAGCCUCCUUCCGGUCUCUCGCCCAUCAAGCCACCUUUGUGGACAUGCAAGAUAAAUACAAGACUUGGAACCAUGUUUACUCUUUCAUUUGGAGAAUAGGACGGAUGCCUGUUGUAGCUCAGACAUUCUUGCAGCUCGGACUGCAUUUUGCAUCCUGGAGGCUCCUGCCAGAUCCAUGAGAAGAUGCUACAGUAGAGACCUACCUGGGAACUGUGCCCUGGAAUUCUAGCCGAACUGACCUGUCUCGUCUUCUCAGCUUUGGAAAUCCUUUGGACCUCAUUUGGUGCUUUGGGUUUUGCACCUGUCUGGCUGUAGCCCCACCAGCAAGGCACAGGGCCCGUCCUUUGUGCCUUUGCUCUUUCCUGCUCCAAAACGUGACUCCGCCUCCUUUCCCCUCCCGCCUUCCAGCACCCCUGGGAUUCUCACAGGGCUUCCUUUGGUUAUGGUUCUCAGCAUAAACCUUUCUGUGUUUCUUUAGAAAGUGGACAUGCCGCAGUCUCCUACGUAAUGGCAUUCCUAGAAGAAGAGCAAAACAUUUUUCUUUAAACCCAAUUUGGGGAGAGGAGAGCCCUUCAAGAGGCUGCACCGAGUCUCGGGCCUGCGUGCGGGGCUUUGUGUGAACCUCACAGGAACAAAGAUGAGAAUCCGUUUUCCAUUUGUGGGCCUGGGCAGUGUGAAGUUUUAUCCUUGGCAGUAUGGGUACUGUGACCCCCUUUAAAAAAAAACACACAAAGAUUUGGAAUGUUGGAAUGACCAGGAGAUUAACUAACUGAUGCAAGAAGAGUCCCCGUUGGCCGGUCCCUCCCCUUCCUGCCAAGCAGUGACUCCCAGGUCUCAGAGCCCCCGGGUGCGGCCCUCACCCAGCCGGUGACGCUGGUCUGUGUGUUGAGCCUUCCUCCCGUCAGUCCUCACAGAAGACAAAGUCUCCUGUGACUUUCCCUCACUCCUAGAAUGGAACUGUCCCCUGGCUCGAGGGAGCCCGUGAGGGUCGGCUUCCCUUCGUCACGCUCCCAGCCUCCACUUCCCCACCCUGUUCCUGGCCGCAGGCCUGUCGCCGGUCUUCCCCCCACACGGCGUGGGUUGGGUUACUGGUGCCCCCAGUAGGUUCUCACCGAACACAAGGAUUUUCAAGUGCAGGAAAUGGAACGCUGGCCUUGUUUUCUAGGGUUGAAGCCAGUCCUGUAAGAGGGCUGGAAAGGGAGGAACUGUGAGGCGGCCUUUGCUGCUUUUUGCUACCAUUUCCCUUCCUUUGAAAGCAGUCAUGACAUCUCCCUUUGGGUAACUAACAAGACACUUAACCAGGGAUGCUUUUCCUUGCUAGGGUCACCGUCUAGAUGAUAAUGGGCAGUUACAGACCCACUGGCCUUGCCGCCCUCCUGUUCAGUGUGGAAUUGCAUCUCACCUAAGUCUGCUCUUUGUACUUUUGGUCUUGGCAACUUCCAUGACCCUCUGUCAAGGGCAGAAGUGUUCUAGGUAACACUAGAAACAGGAAGACAAUCGCUUGUUUCCCCUUUCUCCCUGAGUCAGCAAAUAGUUGGUCCUGUGGCCACUGUCGCAUCUGCCUGGUGCUAUGAGGCGACACCUGGAAGAUCAGUUCUCCUGGAGCAGUUGGUAGAUACUAAUAGCUGAAGUGCCUUCUGCGCUGUGGUUUGAGUAAUAGUCUUCAUUCCUGCCUUGGCUGACAGUGUUCCUCAGUGCUCCCCACAGGCCGCAUCUGUCUGUGCCCCGUACAGAGAAGCCCCGUGUGUCCGUUAGUGUGACAGUCUACAAAUGACAUGCUUCAGUCCUGCCCAAGUCCAUGAGCCAACAAAGAUAAUUCAUUCUGCUCUAAUACAUGCAGGUGGUUUGUUCAUUCUGUAUGUUUUCUCUCGCGGCAACUCCAGCAGCCCCCUUCGCAGUGUGUAACGCCUUAUCAUUCCCAAUGCCGCCUCUGUCCUUGGACCCAUCUGGUAACUCACAGAUGGGAGAACCCUUAUGACUGAGUCACUGUGGACCCCACCACGCCCGCCCUGCUCUGCCAUCCUGUGCCAGCCCCUCUUAUCGAAAGGAUCAGCUCUGACCCAGCAGCUUGACUAUUUCAUCACCUCCCCGCUCUCCACGCACUGUGUAGGCCCCACCCGCUGUUUCUCCUUGGAAUCCUUUGGGUUUCGGGGAGGGACUGUGAAAGCUGCCGUCACAGACAACAGGCCUCAGCGAUACGGAGGAAGAUACUGCCGUUCAAGACCUUGUCAGGCCCUUAGAUUUUAAAGACCCUUGAGUUGUACCAAAUCUAAUACCAGAGAAGGUAAGGUGGAGGCUCACUUUCUCAUUUGGUUCUGAAUGGCAGACGAACUUUUAAGGGGACACAGCUUUUAUGCCAUGUAUGGGUCAGCCCCCCAUUUUUGGUUUAUUUUUAUAAAUUCUUCCAUCAUCCUCUGGGGAUAGAUUUUUUUAUGUAUUUGUUUAUUUCUUCUGUUUUGUGUUAAGCAUCCUUUUCUGACUUAAAUGAUGGUGAGGGAGGUAGAGGUUUGAGGGCAAGAGAGGCUGGGAGUUGAAAGAUUUUAAUGUAAGCCAUCCGCUGUGAUGCUCGAGUUCCUUAUGUCACCUUACGAUUAAAUGUGCUAGUUCGUCCUGGUACAGAGAAGAACCAAAGGUGGAAUGUGUUGUCGGCAGGUGGUUUGGGGACUUGGCCUCAUCCAUACAUUGAACGCAUGAUGGCCUUUUGAUAAGACGCGUCCUAUGCCCCGAGGUUCCCACCCCAACUCUCUGGUACCCCGGCCCCUUCCUUGUGUACAUUUCUCUUAAGAGUGAUAUUAUAUCUGUUUGUAUGAGAAGAACAAUAACCAAUAAAAUGACUGCAUAUUCCUAACUAUAUAUAGUAAGGAAAAUGCACACUUUGUUUUUA